UGUGUGGCUGGCAAUAAAGUUUCGGCUCCCAUACUACAGCAACAAGCUGUCACAAGGCUGCCAAUGGGGCAGGCCAGUAGCUGUCUUGCAGGGCUCGGGACAAGCCUCGAACAGCUCAGUGAUGACGACUUGAUCAGAGAAGCAUUUGCAUUUCUGCGGUCGCGACCCAGCUUGUCUGAGCGCUUCAAAGCGCGCUUUUCGUCUCCCCUGGACUUCGAGGACCCCAGUGACACCGACCCAGAGGUUCUGGCGACGGCAGGUGGAAUCACCAUCUUGGCUGCGACCCAUUGGAGUCCUCCCCGCAUUCAUUGCAGUGAGGUGAAGCCAGGACAGCCGUUGUCAUGGACGGCGCUGCCAGGUCUGGCAAUGAACAGCAGCAAGGUCCAAGGAUUCAGCGGUUUCUGGGUGAUGCGAUUUCCCUGCACUGACAAGUUAGAGUUUCUUCUGAACGAUGGCACCAGCAAUUGGAUGAAGAAUGGCAACGCAAACUUCGUGGCAGAGACGCGGGGCCUGUGGGUUCUGCGCUCGGGGAAACUGAAAAAAUAUGCUGGCGACGAGGCAAAACCGCAAGUCGCUUUGUCCGGAGAUAUUGCUGAUCUGGAGGCCAAGGGCGGCAUCAUUUUGGUGUACCAAAGCCGAUGGGCGCAACCACGACUUCAUUAUCGCUUCAGUGAGGAUCGUCCUUGGACAGAUCCACCUGGGGAGGCCUUUGCUCCAAGCGAAGUGACGGGAUUCCCUCGCAGCGAUGCUUGGUGGGCAAUGCACCUGGAUAGCCAGGCCGUGGAAUUCGUUCCAAAUGACGGUGGGUCGCAAUGGCAUAAGGCUUCGGGCGGGAACUGGCGCAUUAGAGGCCCAGGUGCAUGGAAGCUGACCGGUGACCGCCUCGAAAGGAUUGGUGAGGUAAGCGAAGCUGAAAUCACGACGCCUGCGCCGGCUGUGGAGACCUCCCAUGCACCUGGAGCUGUGAUCGAACCAGAAGCGAUUGAGAGCUUCAGGUUGGCUGAUCUUUUGGAGAGCAAAAAUGUGAUUCUCCUUUACCGCAGUGCCUGGACUUUGCCCCACUUGCACUGCAGGGAUUUGACCCAGGAUGUGCCUGGACCCUGGACCCCGACACCAGGUUUGCCAUUUUCACCUGCCGGAGACAUCGCCAAAGAAUUGGAUGGAACAACGGCGCUGUUCGUUGUCAAACUGUCUGGCGACGUUUCUGCUUGCGAGUUCGUCUUGAAUGACGGUGGACCUCACUACCGAUGGGACAAGGCCUCAGGAGGUGGAAACUUCCGUGCUCCGGGCCACGGUGUGUGGCUGGUGAGCGGCGGGCGCGUGGAAAAGCUGCAAGCACCUCCAGAGGCCUCAGUGCCAGAAGUGGUUAAGGUCACGCGCACCUCUGUGUCGCUUUCGUGGAGAUCAGCUUCCACGAGUGUCAAAGGCUACCGUGUUUUCCGAAACGGUCAGCAGGUUGCCGCACUUCCUGGGGGUGUCCUGCAAUACGUCGAUACAGGUCUUUAUGCUGCACACCAGUACUCAUUCACAGUUGCUGCAGUCAGCACUCAAGGCGUCCUUGGACAGCCAAGUGAAGCAGCAGUUGCCACGACAGAACCUGCCGGCAAACCUGGCAUUCCCAGCGGCUUGCGGGUCACACUCUCCAGUGGGAAGGGUGUCACACUGGAGUGGGCCCAGCCGGAGGACCAUGGUGGUGCACCUGUCACCGCGUACGUGGUCGAAAGAGAUGGAGAGGUGGUGGCCACCUUGCUCCACGCAGAGAAGAUCACCUGGACGGACACCGGUGUCACACGGGGCGAUUCUUACAGCUACUCUGUGUUUGCGUGUCACUUGCCGCCAGCCGAACAGAAGGAACUUAGACAGAAAGUCCUGAAGGAUCGAGAGGCUGCUGCACCACCAGAAGAGGAUCGCGACAUUCUCCUGAAUAUCCCGGAGGAGCUGAACAUGAGCGAAGCGGCCGGGCCCAUCGAGACCACAGCCGUGGAUGAACUGGAGGUUGGGGUUUGCAUGGAAAGUCUUCGUGAGCAGCUGGCAGAGGGACAAGGAAUCACCGUGUUCUAUCAGUCAUGCUGGGGACGUACCUAUGCACAUUGUUGCUCACAGCAGGAGAAGGGGUGGACGCCAAUGCCGGGUGUCGAGUUGGAGUCCAGUCCAUGCCAUUCCUUCCCUGACAGCGAGAACUGGCUGGUGCUGUGCCUUCCCUACGCCCGAAGUCUGGAGUUUGUCAUGAACGAUGGAGAGCGAGGUUGGGAUAAGGCACCAGGGGGAAAGAACUACAAGGUGAUGACACCAGGAACAUUCCUCUUGACCAAUGGCCAUUUGGAUCCUGUGGCGUUACCACCACAAGAACCAACCGGUCUCUCUGCAGAGGCCAUCGAUGGCUCCAGAGUUCGUUUGAUAUGGGAGCCUCCCGUGCUCGGAGAUGGCGAAGCUCCGGUGAAGAGCUAUCGCGUCUAUCGCAACGGCCGUGUCAUCGGCACCACUGAGACAACGAAGUGCCAGUACCAAGACAUCAAUCUAUUCGCCUUCACGGACUACGAAUACUCCGUCUCCGCAUUGAACCGCCAAGAUGUGGCGGGGCCAUUGAGUGAUGCAGUCAACGUCAAAACGAAGCUGCCGGGGUUGCCUUCAGCGCCGAGGAAUCUGCGGGCCAACACACGAAAAGAGGAUGGCAAACUGGUCGUUCAGCUGGAGUGGGAGCCUCCAGCAGAUUGUGGCGGUGCACCGGUUGCAUCAUAUGAGAUCAUCCGUGAUGGAACCGUUAUCGACAUUUAUGACGUUCCAAAUGCAAGGAUCCGGUCAGAAGCGGAGGCUGCGAAGCCAAUGGAUCCCGAGGCAGCAGCACGACGCUGGAUCCGUUCGACUUGCUCCUACUCCAGCCUAAGCUGGUUCAAGGAUGGCAUGAACUGGAUCGACUCGAGUAUUGAGCUGGGAGAGUGCUACUCCUAUCAGGUUCGAGCAGUGCAGCUGGGUCCUGAACGUGCCUCCCAGCUGAAGAAGGGUGGUGUGGUGCAGCGAUGCGGAAGCCAAUUCCUUGACAACGUGCUGGCAGAUGUCGUCGGGCCUGCAUCCGAGCCGGCCCAGGUGCGAGCUGUUGCAUUCCUGGACCCUCCUAAGAUGGGCGAUCGACGGAGCCUGAUCCUCUUCCAAUCUUUCGACUGGGGAAGCCACAAGGCGGAGAGUUGGUACACCGUCUUGCUUGGGCUGCUGCCAGAGCUUCGCAGUGCAGGAAUCAACAUGGUGUGGCUGCCACCUCCCUCAGACUCAGUCGACGACCACGGGUAUUUGCCCAGGAAAUGGUACGUUCUGGACAACAAUUAUGGCAGUGCUGAGGAGCUUCAGCACCUGAUUCAGAGCAUGCACGAACAGGAGAUUAUCCCCAUGCUGGAUGUCGUGGUGAAUCACCGCUGUGCAUCCCUACAGGAUUCAGGCGGCAGGUGGCUGAAGUUUGAGGAACCAGACUGGGAAGGCUGGGCGGUUUGUCAUGACAGUCCAGCCGUUCCGGGCGGUAGCGGCGCUCAUACCACUGGAGAGCCAGCAGCGUACGCCCCCUCCGUUGAUCAUUCGAAUCCCAGAAUCCAAGCUGACGUGAAGGAAUACAUCAAGUAUUUGAUGGACGAGAUUGGCUUCCGUGCAUUGCGCUUCGACUUUGUCAAGGGCUAUGCGGCACGUUUUCAGACCGAAUAUGUUCGAGCCGCGGGUUCGCCCUAUGCCGUGGCAGAGAACUGGAAUGGAGAUGCCAAUGGGCUCCAUGACUACGUCCGGCAGUGUCAAGGCGUCAUGGCGGUCUACGACUUCCCGCUCUAUUAUACCCUCAAACGGUGCAUUCAUAGCAACAAUUUUGAGGAGCUGAACUGUGGUGGUCGACUGGCUGGCAUUGCUGGGAGAGAUCCUGCACGUUCUUGUACCUUUAUCGACAAUCACGACACUUACCAGCUGGCAAUUGUGGGUGGCUGCUUCGGAAACAACGAUCAGGCACUACGCGGCUAUGCGUUGAUCCUGACCCAUCCAGGUGUUCCCUGUGUCUUCUAUUGGGACUAUGUGAGAGCGCCCUACGUGAGGGAGAAGUUGCUGGAGCUGUGUGCUGUCCGAAGAGACGCCAAUAUCCACUCCACAUCGCAGUUGAACAUCCUGUGCGCCAGCCACGGUCUUUAUGCAGCCAUCAUUGACAACAAGGUGGCCAUCAAGAUUGGUACAAACGACUGGAGUCCAGGUGGAGGAUGGAAGGUCAGCUGCUUCGGAGCUGAAUUCUGCGUUUGGAGUAGACCCUGACCUGGUCGGAACUCGAAACGGGCGUUCAUCGUUUGACUCAGGAAUUGAGAGCUGUUCUCGGUGCCAAAAAUUGCAUCAGACCUCUCAAGGCUGAGCUUUGUGGAGAACAGCUGUGGCAUUUUGGUCACUGUC